AUGUCGGGAAAAGAUCGGUACAAUGUAUUUCCAUCGCGAAUGGCUCAAACGAUUAUGAAAGGUCGUUUGAAAGGUGCUCAAACAGGACACAAUUUAUUGAAGAAAAAAGCGGAUGCUUUAGCCAUUCGAUUUCGAUCGAUACUUAAGAAAAUCAUCGAUACAAAAAUGUUGAUGGGUGAUGUGAUGAAAACUGCCUCGUUCUCCUUGGCUGAAGCGAAAUUUUCCAUGAGUGGAGAUUUUACUCAGGUUGUCAUACAAAGUGUCACCAAAGCACAAAUUAAAAUCCGUACAAAACGCGAUAAUGUCGCCGGUGUUGUUCUGCCAUCAUUCGAAUCCUUUAACGACGGAGGAGAUACUUUUGAAUUAACCGGUUUGGGUCGUGGUGGUAUGCAAUUACAAAGGCUAAAACGCAAUUAUGCCGAAGCAAUAAAGAAUCUGAUUGAAUUAGCUACACUUCAAACAUCUUUUCUUAUUCUUGAUGAUGUUAUCAAAGUAACAAAUCGUCGGGUCAAUGCAAUCGAACAUGUUAUUAUACCAAAAAUAACACGAACUAUCAAUUAUAUCGUUUCGGAACUUGAUGAAAUGGAACGUGAAGAAUUUUAUCGUUUGAAGAAAGUUCAAGAGAAGAAAAAACAAGCUCGUGCACUUCAAGAACAGAAACGAGUUGAAAUGGUCAAAAAUGGCGUUCUAACUGGUACAGAAGAAGAAGCACCAAACAUUUUAGACGAAGAACAUGACGAAGAUAAUCUUUUUCUAUAA